CAUGAUCAUCGCCGGGAACAUCUCUAGCUCAUCUUGUCCCGUGUCUGCCUGGCAGGCGCCCCUCCAGCACAUACAGCGCAAAUUCCAUUGAUUCGAAGAGUAGAACCGUGUCGACGACAGGUACCGAGGUAACUUAAGUUGCGUUCGACUGCAAGCCAUGGGUUCUGCAGAAAUACGGUGGGUUCUGUCGGGACCAUGUGAGAGAGCGUCUGCCCGAUGCAUGCCUCUCGACUGCGGAUAUGGCAGCAAACCACCUCGUUGCUGUUAACAUCGCCUCUUGCCUACGUACCAGUGCGACUUGCGAGUUUGCUCGUUGGGCAGCCAUGAGAGAGAUGUCUACACGCACCGACUUCAUGAUGGUACUGUCGGCACCGGCACUCCUAUACAUGGACCAGCGCUAGAACAAUCAUAUCUAGCCUCGUAUCUGGCAGGGCCUCUUGAUCAACGCGUGCUUCUAUCGCUCCUGGGCCGUGGGUAUGCCCUUGUGGGCGCCCGGGGGGGGGCAGACUGCUGGUA